AUGGACGAGGCGACCAAGGUCGUCACGUUCAUGAAGUGGUUGAGGGAUGGGCCUGUGACGACCUAUCUCUUCCGAGAGUACCCGAGUACUCUCGAAGCUGCGAUUACCCUCACCACGCAAGAGGAGUUAAGCCUGAGACAGGCUAAAGUGCACACGAACCAGAAGAACAAGGGAAGCUACGUGCGAUGCUUCCGGUGCGAAAACAUGGGUCACUACGCACCCCGGCUGCACGAAGCCGGGCGCGAUCAAGCCGGGCUUGAUGACUCGUGCCCGCGGGUACAAGAACCCGCCGGCGAUCACCCGCAGACUGGAAUGUCAGCCGGUGGUAUCAAGGAACAUUCGUCCGUGGCCGGGCUUGGACGAAACGCACGUGAAUCCGGGAUUCACAAGAAGGAGCGACGGCGCAAGCACAAGACGCUGCGCAAGUCUCGGUCUGGGACCGAGACUCUUCAAGGUAUGUCUGCCGGGCAGGCACAAGAGCCGACAGUGGCCGUCGAGACAUUCAACGUCUCGACGCGGGCCUGUGCUGGGUGCCAGUACAAGAAGAUGGUGUUAGAGAACCCUCCGACGGAUACGGCGGAGGUGACCUCGCUUCCAGUCAUGAGCUGGAAGCGCUUCGCAAAGGACCUUGAAGAUACUUUCAGUGCCAAGACGAAGAAGGAACACUUCGAAGAGCAGAGUUGGGACUCCCUGAAGUCGAGUCUCUAUUACGAGAUUCUACGGGAGCACAGAGAUGUGCUCCCGGACGAAAUCCCUGCGGAGCUUCCGCAGGGCAAGGGAAUACAGCACGAGAUUGAUCUCGUGCCGGGGACGAAGUAUUGCGUGACGCGGCAGUGGCCACUGCCGCGGGAGCAAGUGAAGACGAUCGACGACUUCUUCGAAAGUCGUCGCAAGGCAGGACAAGCCCCGCACAGCGCACCGACGUUCUGUGUCAAGAAGCCACAGGGUGGUUGGCGCAUCGUUCAUGCAUGCGUCACGCAUCUAUUGCGCUCGGUGCGCGACUUCGCACCGAGCUACUUCGACAAUGUGAAGACGGACAUCGAGAUGCACAAGGAGCAUCUCCGACAACUGCUUGGGCUCAUGCGCAAGCACAAGCUCUAUGCAAACCUGAAGAAGUGCAUCUUCGGUGCGAGCGAGAUACCCGUGCUUGGGUGUCUCGUUGGAAAGAAUGGCGUACGCCCUAACCCCGAGAAGGUCAGAGUGAUCAAUGAAUGGCCUACGCCAUCCAGCGUGAAGGAACUGCGGCAGUUUAUUGGCCUUGCCACGUAUUUGUGCAAGUACGUGGACAACUACGCAGGCAAGAUUCGCCCGCUGUCGCAGUUUCUGAAGAAGGAAGCUGCGUGGGAAUGGACUGCUGAGUGUCAGCAGGCGUUCGAUGCAGUCAAGCUGGGCUUGACUGAGGCGCCAAUCUUGGCUGUGGCUGACCAAGAUCGCCCAUUCCACGUAGUGUGUGACGCAUCCGAUUUCGCGAUCGGAUGUGCGUUAAUGCAGCUCAAUCACGAGGGCCGUGAUCGAGACGUUUACUACCAGUCGCGUCAGCUAAAGCCAGCUGAGCGAAACUACCCAGUACAUGACAAGGAACUCCUUGCCAUGAAGUAUACACUCGCGAAGUUCCGAGUGUACUUACUCGGCAACACGCCGUUCGUGGUCUAUACGGACCACGCGACGUUGCGGACGGCUGUGAAGUCUCCGCACAUCUCGCAACGAAUGGUGAGAUGGUUGUCCUUCUUCGUGGAAUACAACUUCCGGGUCGAGUACAAACCCGGAAGGUUGAAUGUCGUCGCGGACGCGUUGUCGCGACGACCGGAUUAUGCUGUCAGGACAAUCGACGUCCACCGGAUUGACGUCGCUCGGACAUAUACACCGUCGUCGUCUUCGUUGGACGAGGUGAAGGCCGCGUGUACAAACGCGAAGCAGCUGAUCGAGUUUCUCUCAGCUCCUUCCGACAAACCACGUCGGAAGUUGGCCCCUCGUCUACGAGCGGGUGCACACCGGUAUCGUGUGCACGACGGUCUACUGUUUUACAGCGCUGUAGACGAUAAUGCGAUCCGCAUUGUCGUGCCGAGUGAUCCUAACCUGCGCAGCAGGAUCAUGUACGAGUAUCAUGAUGUCCCCACGGCAGGACAUCCGGGACGUGAGAAGCCGUAUUCUCUUCUCAUGAGAGACUUCUACUGGAACCACCAAACCACCAGUACAAGUGGAUGCGCAACGGAGGUGACCUCCGUACAGACGGCACGUCUGUUCGUCGACAUGGUGUUCAAGCACCAUGGCAUGCCCAGUGAAUUUGUGUCGGGCCGCGAUCUGCACUUCACGGCGCGUUUCUGGCAAAAAGUGUUCACACUUCUUGGAACGCAGUUCUCCAUGUCGACCGCGGAUCAUCUGCAGACGGACGGGCAAAGCGAGCGGGUGAACUGCGUGCUCGUGGACUUGCUGAAGAGCUACGCCAGAGCCCGAACACGGCAAGGCGACGUGUCAACAGUACCGGGCACUGACUCUGUGAAGAACAACGAGCAGGCGACACCUGCUUCGUCGAAGGACAACGUGUCUGUGCGGGGCACAGACACCGAGAAGACUCACGCACAAGCCGGCCCUGUUGCACGCACAAGUGAUGUAUCGAUGCCGGGCAUCGAUACUGAGAAGCUUCACGCACAGGCUAGACCUGCUGCGAUCACACACAAGGUGUCAAUGCCGGGCACUGACACCACAAAGAGUCACGCACAGUCUGGGACUGAUGCGAACACAAGUGGCGGGUCUGUGCAGGGCACAGACGCGGACAAGGUCAAUGAACUGGACUCGGGGUUCAGCUCUCAAGCAAUGGACUUUGUCCAGGAACGACAAGCAGGGAAACACAAAUGA